AAUGUCACUGGCUAGCAUUUAUUGCCCAUCCCUAAUUGCCCUGAGGGCAGGUAAGAAUCAGAUACCUUAGUUAAACAAUAGGUGACUUCUUUCCGAGUCUUGGUAGAGACUGGAGUCUUCACUUGGCUUGAUAUGGAUUGUAAAUUCUUUGUGAGCCCAGAUCAAAAAAAAUGAAAGCAACAAGUAAAUAAAUAAAUUCUCAGUUUACUUUUCAUUUAACAGAUUUGGAAAUUGUGGUAAUUGGUUUAAAUCACUGUUGAGGCACUCUGGGGUCCUAGGGUUAGAUUGCCCUUUUGUGUUAGGAUUAUCUCUCUUUUCUCAAAAUUGAAGCCAGAAUAGUUUGGAAUCAGGCAGAGAGAAGAAGCUGCAGAGCUAAACAAGAAGGCAGUAAAGUUCAGCUUGAGCUGGUUCAUAAUCAUGAGGUGCUUAAAGAGAAUUGAAGGGUUGCCUGGCGGAAUGCUAGCAGAGGAGCCCUAAGCAAUCUCAUCUCAGACAAUAGCAAUAGCACCAAGGAUAAGCAAAAUUGAAAAAGCUGAUGUGGACUUAUGAACUAGAAGUUGGUGCAUCUGGAUUUUUGGCUGAUUUGUACUGGUUCGAUAUUGUUUCCAAUGGGUGUAAGCAGCAAAUAACUUUGGUGCAGCCACCUCAUUUCCUUGAAUAUAGUGUUGUUGUGAGUAGAUCCUGUACUACAGUAAUCAGUAUAGUACUGCUGGCAGUCUCUGCACAUCACAGGGAGUUAAAUAGUGGGAGCAAACCACAUGGUCCAUGAAUCCUUCCCUUAUCAAAGUAAAAUCUCCUAUAAGGGAAAACUACAGUAAUGGACUGAAGCUUGCUGGUUAAACAUUUUGGAACACUGGGAGCCAAGGGAGUUAUCCCAAAUGCAGAAAACUGGAUGGCUGCUUCGGUGAUGCCGCAGUGAAAGUACUGAUAAGACUUUUGGACACCAGGAGAGACAUCAUUUUUCCUCAGUGUGAAGGGCAGGGGAAGGAGGAAAUCUUCAAGGUGGAGCCUCAGACAAAAAUGGUAACGUGAUGACAGGGGUGCUUAAUGCCAAGACUACAGCCCAAAGGUCUUGACCACAAUGCAGAAGAAGGUUUAGUGGCCUCAUUCAUGUGGUCAGAGUAAGUAAAUGCACUGACUUACCAUAUCUUAGACACAUCCCACCACCCAUUUCUCACACUGCUCAAUGCAUUGCUUUUCCGUUAUUAUACUACAGUAUUUCCUGACACUUGGGACCUACCUGUCAAGCCCUGCACUGUACCUAAUCCACACACAUUUUCCGGUCAUGCCAGCUCUAUGCACACCUCCCCACACUUCCUGAAACCUACAGCCAUUCAGUUUGUGCCCUCUGUUUCCUGAAGGAUUGCAUGAGGUUGCUCAAGCAGGGCAUAUGAUGACAUAGAACUGUGCUGAUAUAGUGUGAACAAACAGCGCUGGUGCUAUUUCAUAUUGAGGAUAUCUAUUAUAAGAAGCCCAUUUGAAAGUAGUGGUGUUUUUAUCAUCAUUUUUAUCCACUGCGAUUAAUGGCCAAGGAAAGCAUGGUGGUGAGUAAUCUACAAAAUAAAUGGAGUGUGUAAUUUGAAAAAAUAAAUGCUAGAAUUGAAAACCACAGUAGCAAGGUUAGCAUUUAUUUCCCCACUUCCACAUGCCACUGAGAAAGCGAUUGUUGGCUUUACACGACAACUUCAUUGUCACCUUUGCUAAUAGACUUCUAUUUAACUGAAUUCAAAUUCUCAAACUGUUUUUGUCAGAUUUGAAUUCAGGUUCUAUGUUUUGUUAAUCCAGUCUUCUGGAUUAAUAAUCUAGGAAUGCAUGUAUUGAAAUUUGGGGUCAAGAGGAGCAACCUAUUUUGUUCUCCAAGGCUUUGUCAACUUUAGUAAUCUCUCCUGUUCUGACUUAAACAUCAACUUAGUAACUUUUAAUUGUUCAACAUAUGGUAUGUUCCUAUGAUAAAAGCAAGAUAUAAAUACUGAUUUUGUAUAACAUUAGCCAUGAAGUGAAUUAAUGGUUUUAGGAUGUGUUGUAACUAUUUUGGCAUAUUCUUGUUGCAGUGAGGACAAUGUCCCUGACCGUAAAGAAGUUGUAGAAAAGUUCAAUGGCAAACUUAUUGAAGCACUUAGUGAGUACGGUCCAGAAUUUCUGGCUUAUUUUGGUUCAUUUGUGACUGUUGGCCUUCUCUGGUUUGUUCAUCAUUCACUCUUUCUGUACAUCACUAAGUCAACAAGACUAAUGGGGCUCCUGAACACCGUCUCACUGGCUUUCAUUGGUGGACUUCCAUUGGCUUUUCGGCUUACCCAUGAAUUUGCUUCCAACUCACGAAAUGAACUUGAGGCCAUUCAAAUCAGUUGUGUUAUAAUUUUUCUUGCAAGUCUCUUUCAGUUUGCAAUAUGGGCUGUAGCACUUUACAAUGAAAAGGAAACCCUACAUCACCAUAUUUGGUAUGGGGGCAGAGAACACGCAUUUAUGUUUGCCAAACUUUCACUUUAUCCUUCGGUGGCCUUUGUUACGUUCUGCCUUACAUAUAUUUUAAGUAAGUUUAGUACUGAAAUUUUCCAUAUGAUGCAGAUCAUUGUUCCUUUUGCAUUUGUUCUUUUACGAAUCAUUGUCCAAAUUGUUCUGGCUAUUCUCACAUGGUUGUUCACUCGAUUAAAACCCAGGACAUCAAUAUUAAAAGAAGACGACAACUCCAUCAUCUCCAUAAAUGAGAAUACGUCAUAACAAUUCACUUACUGAUUCAGAGUACCUGGUUUAAAAUGUUUAUAUACAAAUAGUCUAUUUUUAUUCAUUUGUCAUAUUUCCACAAAUUUUGUUUGUGCUGCACUUUAACAUAUGAAUGCUCAUCAAAAAUACCUACUGAAUAGAAGUAAAUUGUGCUAUUGUAGAAUGUGCCAUCUCGUACCAAGGAAAUGGUUGAAAGUGCCUUUUCUUGGUGGUCAAUAUAACAUAUUUUAUUCCUGAUCUUUGUUUACAUUUUGGUGUUUGAAAAAGUUGAAUUAUAUUGCAGCUUACUGUAAUUUUAAUUUUAUUGUCAGUCAGAAUAAAGUCCAGUAUAAUUUUAAAAUGUAUUUUCUAUAUUAUAUACAGUUUAAAUUUUGUCCCUUUGCUUUACUGAAAGCAGUAAUUGAUUCUUAGUUGUAUUUUUGAUUAUUGUGCUUUUCCAGAAAAAAAACACUCUUCUCUCUCAACCGACAAUGUCAGAUUCUCAAAAUCAGUUACUGAGGAUGCUUAGUUGUCACGAGGAUUGUUUUUCACAUUUCUUUAAGUAAUAGACAUUCUCGCAAUGAAAUUCUAUUGACCUUGAUACAAAUUAUCAUUCUUUGGCAAACUAAUCAUUUGAAAUAAUAUACCUGUAUUCUACAGAUAAGUCUUUCAUUCCAGAAGCCUGUCUUUGUAUUUGUCAUGACUAAAGGCUUAGUCAUUAUUACUUAAAUGAUGUUGUUGCAACUGUAAAGCUAAGUAAUCUGAAGAGGCAUGCAAAUUAAUGCACAAUAAAGCUUUCUUUAAAGUUUUUAAGACUAUUUGUAGCUCGGUUUGUGGAUGAGGUUGUAGACUUGCUCGCUAAGCCGGUGGAUUUGGUUGCAGACGUGUCAUCACCCUGCUAGGUAACAUCGUCACUGCACCUCCAGUGAAGCAUUGGUGUUCUGUCCCACUUGUUAUUUCUAUGCCUCAGUUUGCUGGGGUGGUUGGCAUCACUUCCAGUUUUGUUUAUCAGUGGUUUGUAUAUCAGGUCCAGUUCAAUGUGUUCGUUGAUGGAGUUCCGUUUGGAAUGCCAGGACUCCAGGAAUUCCCUGGCAUGUCUCAGUUUGGAUUAUGCUAUUAUGGAUUUUGUUGUCCCAGUGGAAUCCUUGCCCUUCGUUGUCCGUGUGUGUUGAAACUAUUGAGAAUUGCUCGCGUCUCUUGGGGCUAGUUGGUGUUUGUGUAACCUUAUUGUCAGUUUUCUUCCAGUUUGGCCUACAUAAUUUCUCACAGUCCUUGCAUGGUAUUUUGUAUAGUAC